AUGUCAGCCCCCACGGGCCAGUUUCGCAGGCUUUCUUUAGCCGGUGAUCUGUCAGUGAUUGAAGCACAGCAACACAGAGUGGACAAAAAUAGUGCGCAGAUGGAUAGUUCCGAUGCGGGGAGCCGGUCCGGUGAGGACGAUUCAACUGGUUCGUCGGCUGUUCAGGCGAACUCGGGUAUCACGUAUGACCUUGCUCGACUGGACGGGGACUGCGAAGCCAGGGCGCUGGUCGGCCUGACGGGUCAGUUCGAGGUCGUAGGCUGUUACAAGGCGCGGGAGGGCUAUGACUUUCAGCUAUCCGAGCGGCCUCGCGUGCAUAUUGGACCGGAUGCUUAUACGUGCACCUGUUCGACCUAUGUGGGCCAUCCCGGUGUGGCGUGCCAGCAUAUUUUUUGGCUUCUGGAUCAGCUACAUGGCUGCUUCGUGUCUCGACCUCCUGCAUCUGAGGUGACAUUGCUGAACGAUGGAGGCUCGCCCGACCUUCCGCGCGUUGAGCGGCUUCUUGAUGGCAAGCUGGAGGCCGUAGCAGAGCAGCUUAAUUGUCCGUAUGUCCUGUCCCAGUCGGAGGGCGGUAUGAGCCGCUCUCAGAAAGUCAGAGACAUCAUGUCUGCCUUCAACGCGGAGACUCUCUCGGACGAGUUUCGUCUCGAUCUUGUCGAAAGCGCGGAUCACUCGCGCACCCCAGAGCAGUGCGUGGUCCAGGGUGACUUCGAAGCCACGAUUUUCCGACUUGCUCUGCACGACGACGCCGUCUACUCCAGUCUGUGUAAGGCGAUGCCGUCAGGUGCUUGUGCGGCGAUAUACUUUGACAAGGUGCAAGAGAAUUCGCGUAGGCUGCUCGUGGAAUUCGAUCACUAUUGCCAGACCGGGCAGCUUCCUGAAGACCAGAUAAGCAUAGAAGUCGACGAUGUUGUCAAGCAGCUACGGCGCAACGUCAACCGUAUACAGCAGAACAUUGUUUCUCGCGCACCGCACGGGUCCGAGGGAGCGGCCAAAGCACUGGUGAUCUUGCUAGAGGACAUCUGCAACCGCAACAAAGACGCCCUGGACGGUAACAGGUGGGAACGAGUGACAUUUGACGGCGAGGACGAGGACCAAAGGAAUUUGUAUUACCAACUCAUCGGCCGAGCAGACGAGACAGGCGAGUUCUUCAUCCUCGAGACGCUCGAGAAAAUACAGCCCAGGGCCCUGGAUCAGUUCGGGGACAGGCUGGGCCGCAUACUCCAGAAAGUCGAGGUCAACAGGGCACCCAAAGCAUAUAUCUUGAGGCUGAGUGCCCUGGUACGCACUGUUGAGUCAGUUUCAGUUUCUACUGGCUCUGGGCAGAAGCGGCCAGCCACUGCUACGUCUGGGGGCAACACGACCAAGCGCAGCCGGUGA